CGCACGUUUGAACUGUGUUUUACGCGGGACAACCUGGGCUUGCUUUAAUUUCUGAGAAAGUUCACCUCUCUCUAUAUUUUUCCAGCCAUUCUUCAAUAGGACCAGAUAAUAUCAUGUCAGAUGCUCAAACAAGCUUGGAACUAUUAUUUGCUCGUUUGACGGCAAGCAUCAACGUGGUUGUGGUACGAGGAUAUUUGUAUGGGCGAGAUUCAUGGGAACAGCAUGAAGGCAUCGUACGAAUCUUGUCUUCAGACCCCGCUUUUGACAGAUCUGCGAGGGCAUUCAUGAACCGGAGCGAGCAGUUUAAUCGAGCGCUCGCGAUGACGAAGCGAAUAUAUGAGCUUGAGGAGCAGCUUGAGUGGUCCCCUGCCGACACUUUGCAUGCGCUCAGUAUCCUGGACGAUGGAGUGCCGAUGAACCUUCACAACUUAGCUUUUGAGCCCGUGCUCAAGAGCCAGGGUUCCGACAGCCUUCUCAAGAAAUACGGGGCGCUUGUCCAACACCACGGUAUCAUAGGUUGCUAUUUGCAGACCGAACUCGGACACGGUAGCAAUGUAUCGGCGCUGGAGACCACUGCUACGUUUAUUAUGGAAACACAGGAGUUCGAGAUCCACUCACCUACCCUCACCAGCACCAAGUGGUGGAUCGGAGGACUGGGUAAGACGGCUACGCACGGAGUCGUGCAGGCAAAUUUGAUCUUGCCGGAUGGGAAAAAUGUUGGGCCCCACCUCUUCUUCGUGCAGUUACGAUCCCUAGAAACCCACAACGUUCUUCCAAGUAUCACGCUCGGCGACAUAGGCCCAAAAGCCUUGGGAGGAUGGGCUAACAUGGACCACGGGUAUGCGCGUUUCAACCAUGUCCGCAUCCCACGAGAGCAUAUGCUUUCAAAGUUUGCAGAAGUCACUCCAGAUGGGCGGUAUAUGCAACCACCACAUGCGAAGAUGAGCUACGGAGGCAUGCUUUAUCUUCGCUCCGGCAUGGUGACAUCUGCAGGGUGGGCCAUUGCGAAAGCUGCAACAGUUUCUCUUCGAUAUGCGACCGUUCGGCGACAAGGGAACAAGUCUGCAGAGGGUCUGGAAAAACAAGUCAUCUCGUAUCCGUCGACAUACUACCGACUUCUGCCCAUCCUUUCCAGAGCAUACGUUUUUGUGCAGCUUGGCCGACAGUUGAGUGAUGCAUUUGCGAACACGUCUGCGCGCCUCGCGAAGGGCGAUACAUCUACGCUGGCCGAGAUGCACGCGACGAGCAGCGGGCUCAAGGUACUGGCGACAACCGCUGCCGCGCGCGACAUUGAGAUUGCACGGCGCUCCAUGGGUGGCCACGGAUACAGCGCAUUUUCGGGACUCGGUAAGGUCUAUGCCGAGUAUCUUCCUGCUGCGACGUACGAAGGGGACAACUUCGUCCUCGAUCAACAGGUUGUGAGGGCGGCACUGAAGGCGUAUCGCGCGCUGAAGAACUCCAUACCACAAUCGUCUGCGGAGGCUAUGUCCCCCUCGUCGUACUACCUUCGUCUUCUGAUCGCACCUAGGCCUGCGCCUCCGUCUUUUCACUCUACAUCAGCUUGGACGGACCCGGCUGCGCUGAUACUUGCUCUGGAAUGGCGCGCCGCACUCAUCGUGCAGACACAUGCGCAACUGAACGAUGGUGAAGGUGACGCCAACGGGCCUCAGCGUGUGUCGAGCGCCGUCAGCGACGCGUUUGUAGCAAGCCAAGUGGGUGAAAUGAUCAAUAACUUGGCGACUUCUUCUCUUGGUUCGAAGGAGAGAAAAGUCGUCGAGCAGGUAUACAUCUUGUAUCUCUUGGUAACGGUGGAAGCUGGUCUUGUCGAUUUGUUGUCAUUCGGUUUAUUGCCUUCCACUCCAUCUGGAAAUCCCGAGAUCGUCACAGACCCUACCCGUGGACUCCGGGCUGCGAUCGCGCAGACGUGCCUAUCACUCCUUCCGGAGGCUAUCGGACUCAGUGACGCUUUUGGUUUCUCCGACUGGGAGUUGGACAGCGCACUCGGUGUCUAUGACGGUCGAGUGUAUCAGGAGCUGUGGGAGCGGAUCCAGCACGAGCCACUCAAUGCGCAGGAGGUUACCCCGGGCUAUGAGAAUUACAUCAAGCCGAUUCUUGAGCGCGGACAGAGACUUGCCGCUGGUAAGGGGGCCAAGUUAUAGACAGAUCUUUUGUGCUCGUUAGGAUGUAUUUAACGAAGUUGGACAUCAUGCUACUUCGGCACUGCUACUGUACUCUGCAGUGACGAUUCCCUGCCGUUGUUUAAACACUGACUAUAUCUUAUGUAUCAUAUAUCCACGGAAAUUGCAUUCG